UGGGAUGGGAUGGGAUGGGAUGGUGUGGCAUGGGAUGUCUGCCCCAUUUUUUGCAGGCUUAUGGGGGCGGGUCUGGGUCAUUUUGUCUGGCUAUAUAUCCACACAGGAAUUGUAAUUAGAGGUUACAACACAAAUCCUUUAAACAUGUCAUUUAUAGGAUUGCUAAAUCCCUGGUGAUCAUAUUCAACAAAACCUUAUAAAGAGAGGUUCAUUCCUUCCUCUUGGUCUCGGCAGCUUCAGGGUGACACGACAAUGUCAGCCAAAGCCAUGAGCAUACUCCUCCUGCUUCUUGUUCUCCUUGUGGUGUCCCAGGCUGCUCCAGAGUCGGACACUGUCACAUGUCGGAAGAUGAAGGGCAAGUGUUCAUUUUUCCUGUGUCCUUUCUUCAAGAGAUCCGCUGGUACCUGCUACAAUGGACUGGCAAAGUGCUGCAGACACUUCUGGUGACAUUCCACGGUCUGUGUUGGGCUGGCAGCCUUGAUAGUGUCAUUAGCAGUGACAGCAGUAGUGUAGCAUCGUCCUUCCCUACGUGGCCGUGCUGUUGUUUGGGGUGCUGCUAUCUCUGGAGCUGGGGGAAGGCACUUUGGCAGGAAGCUCCACAUCUGCUUUUUGCCCAUGGAUCCAUACCUGGGGAAUCACUGCACUCCCCUUCCCCUGGAUGCUGCCCUCCGCAGUCACCAAGGCGGGGUUGAGCUGUGUGCCUGAAACAGGACAACUCCUCUCUUUUCCAAAGAUGUCUCUUGGUUGGAAUCGAGUAGAUUUCCUCCUUGUGUCAGGGGCAGAGUGCCACGUGUCCCAUGUGAUGCUGAGGUACCCCAGCAGACCUCGCACACCCAAUAUAGGCUUUCCUGUGACAGCUGCCCACAGAGCCUCAAGGGCCACAUCAUAGUUAGGAGGCUCACGUCUAUUAACCUGCCCAUCAUGCAGUAUAUUCUGAACAGAUGGGUGAAUGUGAGCUAUCACCCUCAUUUUCCUUUCUUCACUGUCGGAUCUCUCUUCCUUUAGACCCUAAAUUUCCUCACAUCCCCUUUUAAACAUCCCGGAUGAAGGCUUUUGUCUUCCACCUGUCUCAUCCUAUAUCCUGGCCGACUCCCACCUGCCCCCUGUUGUGACCCAGCUGGACACUGAAGUCUUCUGCUCUCUCACAGACUCAAAAAUAUCUCAGCCUUACAGAGUGGAAGUGAUUUGUGCUCUUUUUCUCUUCCGUAACCUGUAUUCAAAGAGUCUAACUUGCAAAUUAUUUGAUUUGUGUAAAUAUCUAAUAAAG